AACACUAACAACCUCCUCGACCGUCUGUGAGACAAUCUGCAAAGUUGUGAAGACUUAAACGUGUGAUCACUGUAACCAUGCUGAAGGUAGUAUUUGUGCUUGGAUGCCUCCUGAGCUUCGCUCUGGCUCAUCCUACGGAUAUGGAGCACAAACGACUUGCUCGGUCAAACUCCGGCUCAAACUCUGGCUCAAAUUCCAAUGAGCGUAUAUACUGGCCACCUCCGGUGGUUAUGCCUCCUCAGGUGGUUAUGCCACCUCCGGUGGUUAUGCCUCCUCAGGUGGUUAAUCCUCCUCCGGUGGUUGUGCCACCUCCGGUGGUUGUGCCACCUCCGGUGGUUACGCCACCUACGGUGCCUAUCCCACAGUGGAUCAAGAACAUACUUGCCUUCUUCCAAUAAACUACUAAGUAAAAUUUGGUAUUUCGCUAAAGAUCAAUAAGUGAAUUAAUUUUGA